AUGGAGGAAGCGUUGUUCUAUUACCUCCAUCGGAUGUUCCACGAAUGGAAGGCCGCGUACAAGGCUGUGCACAAGCUUCAUCAUAGGAUACAGCUACAGUUCGGUAGGAUCGAUGAUUAUUGUACUCAAUCCAUCGCGAAUAGUCAGGUUAUGAACGCAGAAAUGCAUGACCUACACCAUGAGCGAUUCAACUGCAACUACGGAGUGUUGGGCAUCCUCGACUAUCUACAUGGUAUUAAACCACGUGAUGUGUGA